AUGCAGCCUAACAGCCUAACAAAACUAGCACAUACAUCGACUUUUCUUUUCUUUUUUCCCUGCAAGUCGACAUAAUAAUUACUGACAUAAUUACAAGUGAUUAUUCUCCACGGAAGGAAACGCAGCCCUGUUUAACGGCAUGGCUAGCCCGUAAAAGUAGGCUCUAAUGUGCUUUAAUUUACUAGUCUCUGCGUUUGCGUGAGCACUGGCCAUAUCUGCGCGUGCUCGGCCCAGUGUUUAAUAUUAGUUAUUGUUUCGGGAUGUCUUAGAAAAGCUGCUGUGCUAUAAAGGGAGCGGUGACGCGCCAGUCUCUUCUGCGCGCUCAGAUGUGGUGUUUUUUUUUGGUUGGUUUUUUUGCCUUGUGAUGUGUGGGGGGUAAAGUUUUGUGCGGAAGGCGGGGGCGCGGCUGUGUAGUGUGGAGGCUCUGGGCAGACUGGUGGUUUCAGGGUGUCAAGAGUCAGUUCUGGGCGAGCGCAGCAGAGUGCAUGAAGGAAUCCGGGAGCAGGGAGAGUUGGCGGGCUUAAACUCUGGACUGUGCGAGCAAACCUCACCUGCAUCUUGGAAUCUCUCUCACCCUCUGUCUCACUUUUUGGGAAUAGUGGGAAGCUUGCUGUUCCUUGGGAUGGAGCGUGGAUGGGACGGUGUUUCAUAUGCUGGGAUGUUUAUUCUGGGUGUUCUGUCCGUGCUCUCGUCGGCAAACAGAGUUUUGGGGUUUAACUUUUACGCAGAGCAUCCCACAGUUUAUAGGGGACCCGAUGGAAGUUACUUCGGUUAUGCUGUGGACUUCUACCAAGCUACCGCCGACAGCAACACGAUCAGUGUGCUGGUUGGGGCUCCCAAAGCCAACACCUCCCAGCCCGGCAUCGUGGAGGCUGGAGCCGUUUAUUACUGCCCCUGGCCUGGGCUGCCUGAGAGCUGCAGACAGAUACCCUUUGACAACUCCAAUAACAGAAUGAUUAAGGUAAAUGGUACCAGAGAGCCUCUGGAGUUUAAGUCGCACCAGUGGUUUGGAGCAUCGGUCAGAGCACACAGAGGCGAAGUGGUGGCAUGCGCUCCUCUGUACCACUGGCGGACAGUGAAGAUAAGUGGGGAGAAAGACCCCGUCGGGACCUGUUAUGUAGCCGUCCAGAACUUCAGCGCCUACGCAGAGUACUCACCAUGCAGGACCAAUGAUCCAGACCCAGAGGGACAGGGAUUCUGCCAGGCUGGUUUCAGUGUGGAUUUCACCAAGGAAGGAAAGCUGGUGGUAGGAGGACCUGGAAGCUUUUACUGGCAAGGUCAGGUGAUGACAGCAGGGAUAGCCGAGAUACUGAAUGGCUACUCUUUAAAGGCAGUGCUGAGACAGGUUUCGGGAGAGAAACACACAAGAGCUGCUGAAGACACACACGACGACAGCUACCUUGGUUACUCUGUGGCAGUGGGAGAGUUUACAGGAGACUCUGAACAAGAGCUGUUAGCUGGAGUCCCAAGAGGAGCGCAGAACUUUGGAUAUGUGGCGAUGAUCAACUCCACCAACAUGACGUUCAUCCAGAACUUCACAGGGGAACAGAUGGCCUCCUAUUUUGGCUACUCUGUGGCUGUAACUGACUUAAAUGGAGAUGAGACAGAUGACGUGCUGGUUGGAGCACCCCUUUUCAUGGAAAGAGAGACGGAGAGCAAACCCAAGGAGGUGGGCAGGGUAUACCUGUACCUCCAACUGGCUCCACUCACUUUUUCUGAACCUGUCGCUCUCACCGGCACCUACACUUUUGGACGCUUCGGCACAGCUAUCGCACCGCUAGGAGAUGUCAACCAAGAUGGAUACAAUGACGUGGCAGUGGGCUGUCCAUUCGGAGGUGAGGAGCGUGGAGGGAGAGUAUUGAUCUUUAAUGGCAACAAAGACAUAUCCACACAAGGUAUGACGCUCAGCCAGGAGCUGAGGGCGGCCCACGCCCCCAGUGACAGUUUGCCUGGAUUUGGAUUCACUCUGAGAGGAGGCCAAGAUGUGGACAACAAUCAGUACCCUGAUCUGAUCGUGGGGGCGUUUGGCGCGGGCAAGGUGUCAGUGUACAGGUCUCAAGCUGUAGUAUCUGUGGAAGCUGAAAUGAUCCUGACUCCCAAAAUCCUCAAUCCCGACGACCGACAGUGUCACCUGCCUCAGAUGAAUAUCAUGGUUACCUGCCUCAAAGUGGAUGUUUGUGCAGCCGUGAGCGGUGUGGGCAUCCCCAGCUCUGUAGACCUGAGAGCGGAGCUGCAGCUCGAUUGGCUCAAAGGCUCCAGGGGUGGAGUAAAGAGAGUGCUUUUCUUGGACACCGAGCAGCCUCAGCGCACGGGACUCCUGAGGCUGGGUCACAGUCGCCCACGUGCAUGCCUGCGCUACACAAUUUAUCUCAGAGAGGAGGAUGAGUUCAGGGACAAGCUGAGCCCCAUCUCACUCGCUCUCAACUACAGCCUGGCUCCACCUACUCUUGACCAAAGUCUUCCACCUGUCCUUAACCACUACAGCAGCACCUUCCUCCAAGAGCAUGCUUACAUCCUCCUCGACUGCGGCGACGACAAUAUUUGUAUCCCGGACCUCCAGCUCUCUGCCGGCAUAGACCGCACAGAGGUGGUGAUUGCAGAUGACAACCUGGUCAUGUUGACCAUCACUGCGGUGAACCGAGGAGAGGGAGCCUACGAGACGGAGCUCUACACAUUGCUACCGCCUGAAGCUGACUACAUCGGAGUAGAGCGCAGGGUGGAGUCUCUCUCUCAGUUAAACUGUGAGUACAAGCUGAUCAAUGAGUCCAGGAUGGUGGUGUGUGACCUCGGGAACCCGAUGGUGGCCGAGACGGAGCUGUCUGUUGGCUUGAGGUUUUCAGUCCAAAGGCUAGAAGAUGCUGGACCAAAAAUCAGCUUUGAACUACAGAUCCACAGCUCCAACAAAGAUAACUCUGACAGCAACCUGGUCAGUUUGAAUCUGUCUGUCACCGCCCAAGCUCAGCUUGAUUUACGCGGGGUGUCUCAUCCCUCUCAGGUGGUGCUGCCAUUCCCAAACUGGGAACCGAAAGAGAAGCCCAUUAAAGAGGAUGAUGUUGGACCACAAGUCACACAUAUCUAUGAGCUCCAUAACUCCGGUCCCAGCAGCAUCGGGGAGGCUGAGCUUCACGUUGGCUGGCCGUCUCGCUUCCGUGAUGAGAACCUGCUGUAUGCCAUGGAGAUUAAAACUGACGGACCAGUGAGCUGCCGGACAAACACCAGCCUUAACCCGCAUGGUCUACAGAUCUCCACUCUCCAGGACACACCAGAAUUACUGGGCUUCCUGAGGAACACCAGCAGUCGUCCUCGCCGCCACAAACGAUCUGUCAGCACCGCUCAGGAUUACAGCAAUAAAACCUUGAACUGCACUAAUGUCUCCUGUCUGAAGAUAAUGUGUGUGGUCGGCCGGUUGGAUCGCGGGCAGAGUGCUGUGGUAAAGAUCCGAUCGCGACUCUGGGCGCACACUUUCCUGCAGCGGCGUAAUGACCCCUACAUUCUCAACUCUACCGUGUCCUUUGCGGUCACAUCGAUGCCUUAUCGCAUCCAACCCGCCACGCUGCCUCAGCACAGAACCGCGAUGGGGACUCUGGUGUUAUGGGGGACUCCUGAUGUGUCAUUCGCUGUUCCACUCUGGGUCAUCAUCUUGGCCAUAUUGCUGGGGCUGCUGGUCCUGGCCAUCCUGACAUUAGCCAUGUGGAAGUGUGGUUUCUUUGACCGGGCGCGGCCACCUGCCGAUGAUGACAUCUCUGACCAGGAGAAACUGACGUCUGAUCAAACAGGUGAUGCAUAAGACGUGACAGCUGCUGGUUGUAAGACAGCGGUUUGGGAGGGAUGCGCACCUUCUGAAUGACUUAAAUCAGAUCUGGGAUCUGUAUUAGUCGGGACCUACAUUCCUUGGCUGGAGGUCUCUCUGUGAAUCAACCGGACUGAAAGGACAAACUGAAAACUGCAGCUCCACACAGACUGGGACCAAAGCAGACAGAGUGGGACCAGCACACUUAACAAGCUCAAUCACACACAUAUGUCUUUUGUUUAUAGAUUGCGAUGAAGCACCAGAACUGAAGACAGACUGGACUUUGUUACCAAAACAAUGCUUUAAAUGCGUCUGUUACUGCACAUUUUUGUGUGAGUAACAGAGAAAGAGACUUUAGAUCUAUGCACAAGUGCUGUUGUGAGUGUGUGUGCGUGUAAGUGGGUGUGUGUGCAGGUACUGUACAUACGCGUCUAAUAGGUGUCACUUGUGUCAUUCAGUUAUUGAUGUCUAUCACCACCAGAUUUAAUUUAUCCAAAGUCACACCCACACACACAUAAGAUGCAGCCACAUGCAUAAACAGAAAAGGCACAAAGUUGAAGUGUAUAUUUAUGAAUGUAUGUGCAAUAAUUUGAGAGUUGUGUGAUACUUAAGCUUGUUUACACUGGCAUUAUUUUAUUAGAGCUUAACGUUUCCAUUGUUUGUGUGCAUACUGUAAGUGAUUAAUUGCGAUAUUAUUGUUGCUGAAUGGAGCGUUUCUUUAGACUGAUUUAAGCCAACACGUAACAAUCAAACAGAGAGGAACAAAGUGAUACCAGUAAGAACAAAAUAACUUAUUAUUGUCUUAUAGUGAGUAUAGAAUUUAUCUUCGAGGAACAGACCGCAUAUUCACGGCUGAAGCGCUGUCCUGAUAAUUAAAGUUUUGUCUGUCAUGUUGAAUGCUUUAAAAACAAAAUAGCGGUUGACAAGACUUCAAAAACUUGCUGCAAAGCCACGGUCCGCAUCAGAAACGCAACGCAGUCCGAGACAGAGAUGGUGUACAUUACUGCCUGUACUGUGUAUUACUUAACAGUACGUUUAAUGUUUGUUAAUUAUCUGUAUCCUGCACAGGCAUGCAGAACAAAGCGGUGAGAACAUCAGCAUUUCCCUGAAUUAAAACUAAAAGUCAACGUGUACGUUUGAGCUGUUUCCGAUUUUUGUAUCGCCUGGGAAGUUUUAUUAGAAUAAAGUGUUGCUUGAUUACUGAUUGAUUGCUGAACUUCACAUUGCCAUGUCCGCUUACAAGUUAAAGAAAUAGUAAUUAUAUUUUCUGCUAAGUGCACAGAAAACCAGUAAAGAACUUUGUACAUGAUAGGCUCUGUGUACAAUAGCUUUGUGCCUUGUCAAAGGAGCAAGGUUAACGAGUUCUUUUUCCAAUAUGACAGCCUCUGCAGUUCUUUACAAAGUUUUAAAGAAGUUUUGCACCCAAGGAUAAUAAAUAAAUUGGGUAUUUCAGU